CCCAGCCCCAAAUCCACCCCUCCCCAUCCUCGAAUUAGCCACCAUCCACCUCGGCUACAGUAAGGUGAAGAAGAAAAAAGUGGGGAUUUGGAGGAGAUGGCAAAGGUUUGCUAGCUACGAUGAAGAAAUUCACGGCGAUGAGGAUUGGCUGCGACGAAGACAACUACGGCGAUGUGAGUUGGAUGCGAUGAAGACAGCGGCGGCGAUGGCUGGCAGGGACGAAGACAGCGGUGGCGAGGGUUGGAUGGGACGAAGACGGCUGCGGUGGCGUGCGUGCGGUGGCUGUGAGGAAGUCGGCAUUGGUCUGUCUCCUUUAAUUCAAUUGUUGGCAGAUCUGCUUCGUUCCAAGAGGGAGAGGGGGGUUUGUCCGUUGAGAGAAAAGUUGAAUUUUAAUCGUAUAUUUGGAAAUAUUAAAAAGAGUCAUAUUUUUGUUUUAUAGAAGUGUGGGAGUAAUAUUUUUGCCAUUCUUUCAUCUAUAAAUUAUUAGAGAAAGAAAAAAUAAAAUAAAUUACUUUAAUGGUUGGAUUUCAAAUUUUCAACUUGAGUUUUUGGACAGUCUUCUCGUUCGCAUAGGGUUGUAGGAGUUCCGCCGUUGCAUGUGUGCGGUAAGCUUGGGAAGUGCGGCUAAUUUGCGGACGAAUCAAGGGGAUGCAGUCGUUGAGUGAGUCCAGCAGAAUAAAGAUGGCCAUGAAGGACUUGGUGCAAACAUGGCAAGGUUUGGUUCUUGAAGAGGAGAAGGAGGGGAUUGUUAUGGAUCUUAAAGAGGAUUCGGGUGAAGCAGCCAACAAAGGGCUAGGGUUUGCGGUUGUUGGACGGUUGGUUAUUCAUAAAUCCGUCAAAUUUCCCUAUUUCAGAGACCUGCCGGUGACGUGACGGAAGGCGGCCGGACCAGGACCAGAGGCGGCCGCCUAUUUGGCCGCCUACCAGAUUUUUUGUGCUAUAAAUACCCCGAUUUUUGGUGAACUCAAACACACCUCUUUCAACCCUAAUUCAGUUCAAAAAGGUCCUGUUCUUCAGCUAUUUCCGCAGCUCCAAGGAUUUUUGGGAGAGAGAAACUUCAAAUCUUCAUAUCUUCUUCAUUUUAGCUACAAAUUAUGUCUGGAGGAGGAAGCGACGAUCCCAUCUUUCAGGAGCCACCACUGGCUAGGCAUGACCCAUUGCACGUACCAGAUAUCCCAUUCGCUACUGAUGCUGACCGCACACGCUUCCAGACGUGGGGACAGUACCGCACUCUUCUAGCUCCCAUGAUCCUGGAUCAGAGGAUGCUCGAGGAAUGGGGAUACUGGGCCGACAUUGAUGCUCUACUAGGAGAUUCCUUGUGGCGUGGGAUUCUAUCCAUACAGGAGAGAGCCAGCUUCCCAUUGACGAUGAAGUUCCUAUGCUCUCAACGCUUCACUCACUACGGCCACACUGUGCACACAGGAUCUGUCAUUAGGCCGGCGACUCAGAUGAGAUUCACUAUCAUGAUCAUCGAGCACUCCAUCACUGUGGCUGAGCUCGGAUGGAGGAUUGGGCUCUAUGCUCCUGCAUAUACACAGACAGACGAGUUCUGUGCUCUCCCGACACGUUUACCUGAGGCAUUUGAUAUUGAUGAGUUCUGACACAGGCACUCCACAGACACCAGACCGUUCCUCCGCAUGCACCCCCAGUCGAGCCGGUGGAGGCAGACUCACUGGUAUAUACUCUCCUUUGUACUCUCUUCUGGUUUUUUUGGACGACCUAACAACACGAACAGGUUGUCCAAAAAGGACAUCCUAUUCUUUUGGAGUCUGGUUCACCGCACCCCGGUGAAUAUGGCAGUCCUCUUGGCUCGUUUCUUCCGGAGUCAGGGGAAGAGUGUUCGCCGCACGAUCCAGGCAGGGCCCUUCGUCACUACUCUCGUCCGGUCUUUCUAUCCUGACCUAGACAUUCCAGAUCUACUCCCACUAUAGGAUAGCAUUCGCAUUCUUAGAUCCUCAUCCUUUGGGAACAUGAGGAUCAAGAAGAAGCGAAAUACUCAGGAGCUGCCGGGCAUUGAGUAGCCGACACAGCAGAGUAGCUCUUCUCGAGCCCCACCACACAGGAGACCUGGUGAGCCAGCCUUGGACAUGCCUAGUGCCUCAGAUUGGAGUGCGAUGAUGGACGCGAAGAGGGGUCUUCAGACCUCAUUCGUAGAUUUUCAGGGUGCACAGGAGAGAGCAUUCCGGGAGAUGCGAGAGGCACAUGCGUCGGCCCUGGGAGAGUUCAGAGAUUAUAGACUGGCACAGGAGGGAGCCAACAGGGAUAUUCUGGAGCAGCUAGAGACCCAGCGACUGGAUAUUGAGGAGAUACGAGAGUGGCUGCGGCCUAGUCAUGGAUCACGAGAUGACACAGGCGAUGCCUAGAUUUGCUUCUUCCUUGACUUUUAUUUUUGUUUGUUUGUUUAUUCAGGAUUGGACAUUGCGCUGCUCUUCUGACUUGAAUGCUCUCACAAACUAGCUAUGGAUGCUGUAAGAAUUUUUAAAACAUUUUUAUUCCUGUUUUCAUUAUUCC